CCAAAAAAAAUAAUCAGUUUUUCCUCUUAUAAUAAAACUUCCCAAAGUUUCAAGUUCAAUCAGCCCCCCCUCCUCCCCGCAACCCCCCAUACCACCACUCACCACACUUCCCUAUAUAUAAAUCUUCCACAUUUUACACUUUCAUGUAAAAUUUCACUCUUUUUUCUUCUUCCUCUUCUCCCAAAAAAGAAAAAAAAAACAUACUUUCUCAUUAGUCCUUUUUAAGUCUGCAACACUGCAGAAUAAUCAACAACAUAUAUCCUUUCAGUCAGUAACCAUUUAGCCAGUACAGUUAAAUAACGGUUUUUUCUAUUACCCAUUUAGCCAUUCUUAGUAUUUAAGUUUUGCAAAAAUGAUCACUUGGCACGAUCUAUAUGUUGUGUUAACAGCAGUUGUUCCACUAUAUGUUGCUAUGAUCUUAGCUUAUGGUUCUGUACGUUGGUGGAAAAUAUUUUCUCCUGAUCAAUGCUCUGGGAUUAACCGAUUCGUUGCUAUUUUUGCAGUUCCAUUGUUGUCCUUUCACUUUAUUUCUUUAAACAAUCCAUAUGAAAUGAACUUUCGUUUCAUUGCUGCGGAUUCGUUACAGAAAGUUAUUAUGCUUGUGGUUCUUGCUUUAUGGGCUAAUUUAACAAAAAAUGGUAGUCUUGAAUGGAGCAUAACAAUAUUUUCACUUUCUACACUGCCAAAUACAUUGGUUAUGGGUAUUCCUUUGUUAAUUGCUAUGUAUGGUGAGUACUCUGGAAGUCUCAUGGUACAAGUUGUUGUGUUACAGUGUAUCAUAUGGUAUACACUUUUGCUGUUUCUAUUCGAGUAUCGUGGAGCUAAAAUGCUGAUUAUGGAACAAUUCCCAGAAACUGCUGCAUCAAUUGUUUCGUUUAAAGUGGAAUCUGAUGUUGUAUCUCUAGAUGGUCAUGAUUUUCUUGAAACAGAUGCUGAAAUUGGACAAGAUGGUAAACUUCAUGUCACUGUUAGGAAAUCAAAUGCAUCGCGAAGAUCGUUCGCGAUGGAUGAUCGACCUUCAAAUCUUACUGGAGCUGAGAUUUAUAGUCUUAGUUCUUCUAGGAAUCCAACUCCUAGAGGGUCUAAUUUUAAUCAUAAUGAUUUUUACUCUAUGAUGGGUUUUCCUGGAGGAAGAUUAUCCAACUUCGGUCCUGCUGAUAUGUACUCUGUACAAUCAUCUCGGGGUCCGACUCCUAGACCUUCUAAUUUUGAAGAAAAUUGUGCUCCAGGAGGUCUAGUCCAGAGCUCCCCAAGGUUCGGAUAUUUCCCAGCACAGCAACCUGCUGUGCCGGGAUCUUAUCCUGCCCCGAACCCUGAUAUUGCUUCUACAGUGCCUAAAAGCACAAAAAUUCAACAACCAAAUGUACAACCACAGAAGCAGGAGGGACAACACCACCACCAGCAGCAGCAGCAACCAAAUGCUAAGGCCAAUAAUCAUGAUGCUAAGGAACUUCAUAUGUUUGUAUGGAGCUCGAGUAAUUCUCCGGUGUCGGAAGCCGGUGGCCUCCACGUGUUCGGUGGCACUGAUUUCAGUGCCAACGAACAAUCGGGUCGAUCCGAUGGAGCCAAAGAAAUUCGGAUGUUGGUUUCAGAUCAUCCCCAAAAUGGGGAUACAAAAGCCAUUCCCCAAACAGGAGAAUUUGGAGGGGAGGAUUUCACCUUUGGAGGUGCGAAUGGUGGUGGAAAAGAUGGAGACGAAGAAAAAGGAGAUAAAGAGGGACCCACUGGACUGACUAAACUGGGGUCCAGUUCCACUUCGGAACUGCAUCCCAAAAUCGGUGGAGGACAAGAUGUUGGAAUUGGAAAACAGAUGCCUCCGGCGAGUGUUAUGACUCGUUUGAUCUUAAUCAUGGUUUGGCGUAAGCUUAUUCGUAACCCAAACACGUAUUCGAGCCUCAUUGGUCUGACUUGGUCCUUAGUCUCAUUCAGGUGGGAUGUGCACAUGCCCAAAAUCAUAGAGAAAUCAAUCUCCAUUCUCUCAGACGCUGGCCUUGGAAUGGCUAUGUUUAGCUUGGGUUUGUUUAUGGCACUCCAACCAAAGAUCAUUGCAUGUGGGAACACAGUGGCUACAUUUGCAAUGGCUGUGAGAUUUCUGACUGGCCCAGCAGUUAUGGCUGCUGCUUCAAUUGCUGUUGGUCUUCGUGGUACUCUUCUUCAUGUAGCCAUUGUACAGGCUGCAUUGCCACAAGGGAUUGUCCCAUUUGUGUUUGCUAAGGAGUACAACGUUCAUCCAGCUAUUCUUAGCACUGCGGUUAUUUUCGGGAUGUUGAUAGCGUUACCAAUUACAUUAGUGUACUACAUCAUCCUUGGAUUAUAAGAAUAUGUCAAAGCGAAAAAAUAGUGGGAAAUCAAAAGGCUUAAUUAAUUCAUGGGAUGAGAAUUAAUUAAAAUUACCCAUGAAAAAUCCCAGAUAUUUGGAGCAUAGGACAAGAAAAUUGACUUAAAAUUAGUUUAUGAGGCCUCCAUUUGAAGAAAAAAAAUCCAAAAUGUUGCAAAGUUUAGAAGAAAGGAGGAGACAAAGAAGAGCAAAACAUGGAAGCAAAAGGGAUGAUUAUAAUUUAUAGUCUAUUUUCUUCCCCCAUAAUCAUUACGCGUGUGAAGUAUCAAUUUGAAAAAAAAAUAAUAAUGAUAAUUGUCAAUUAGUAGAAAUUCAAAUUGAUUUUGACAUUUUGAAUGUUAGAUUGUAGUAGUUAGUACUUUUUAGUUUAACUUUUCUUUUUCUUGUUUAAUUAAUUAACCACUCGUGUGUAUCUAUUGUAAUAGUUUGGUUUGCUAGUUGUUUAAUUACUUCCAUUGUAAUUAUUAUGAUCCAAAACAUUUCAAUGUCUUCGUGUAACCUAUAUGUUACCAGUUUGAAUCGUGAAAUUAGUCACUAAUA